GGUCUGCAUGAUGGCGUGCAUGCCGGCGGACUGAUGGACUCCUAUGUGCCACUGGACCCUUUUGUUGGCGCUCUGUGGGACCCCCCACCCAGUGCAUGAUCAAAGCCCCGCCGGACGUCAGGGGACUGCAGGAGAACGCCGCUGUCACCCACCCUUGACUACGCCAUCACCAUGCUAACUCAUAUCAUGGCAUUUCCUGCAGAUAGGCCUGGCCUUACAGAUUGUUUGAGAGCAAGACAGAAAGAGAAAGAGAGGCCUCACUUUUGUUCGACCAAGGUCAUUGAGUGGCCAGCUGCAAGGCUCUCUGUCCACCGCUGGGAUCCGUCUUCCUAUUGGACAUCCUGUCUCUGAUGAAUUGUCACUCUUCUCAUUGAGGAUCACAAAGAGGAAGCUGGUCCGUGCCAGGACACACCCACUUUACCUCACCGGCCAAUCGUAGCUCUCCAGUUGUCCAGCAUCCUUUGCACUCAGAGACACAGCUGCCACUGGAGCUCCUCUGCCGGAUUUUUUUUUGUUUGUGUCCUUCCUUCCAUAAUCUCUGACUACACACACUUGUUCGCUUGUGACAGGCAGCCACUGCCUUUUGGCCUUGGUCCACUUCAGUCCCCCCCGCCCGGGUCUUCAGCACCGCCCUGAGACAUGUGUGUUGUGUAGCAAAUGAGGAGGAAAGCUGGGGGAACUUCAGAGUCAACUGUUGGAACAGGACAAGUGCCCCCCCCUCAGCAGAGUUAUAUAACAAAAAGCAAGCUGUAUGCUCACAUCAAGAACGCCGCUCUGUCUUUUUUGGAAACACAAGUCUGUGUUUUCCAUGCAUGCUCAGACGUCCAGAGAAACUGGAAAAGUAUCAUCUUAUCCAGGAUCAGCAGCAAAACAUCCAGGCAACAUGAUGCUGCCACCACCAUGCUUCACAGUAGGGAUGGUGUUUUCAUGCUUUGCUUUCCUCGUUUUCCUCCAAAGGUCAAAGUUUCCUGGAGUCAUCAGAGCAGACAAAGGAACAGAGAGAAGAUGCAUUUUCAAUCACGCGUUCAUCUGUUCAAGGUUUGUGAAGAGGAAAACACCAACCAAGACGUCUUCCCUUUAGCCAUUAAUUAUUUGGACAGAUUCUUAGCAGUGAUGCCUACAAGAAAAAACUAUUUGCAGCUCUUGGGAGCUGUGUGCAUCUUCCUGGCCGCCAAGCUGAAGGACUGCAGGCCGCCAUCAGCGGAAAAGCUCUGCGUGUACACAGACAACUCCAUUACACCCCGAGAGCUGCUGGAGUGGGAACUGGUCGUCCUGGGGAAGUUGAAGUGGAACAUGGCCUCAGUUAUCCCCAAUGAUUUCAUAGAGCACAUCAUGCGCCGCCUGCCCCUUCCCAAAGACAAGCAGGCGAUGGUCUGCAAACACACGCUGACAUUCAUCGCCCUUUGUGCCACAGACGACCGUCUCGCCAUGAACCCUCCUUCCAUGAUCGCCACCGGCAGCAUGGCGGCUGCGAUCUGCGGCCUCCAGCUGGACCACAGCGACCAGAGGCUGAGUCGGGACAACCUGACCGACCUGCUGGCCAAGAUCACCAACACUGAAGUGGACUGUUUGAGGGCGUGCCAGGAGCAAAUCGAGCGUGUGCUGGCCUCCAGCCUGCAGCAGGGCCAGCAGUUUGGACCCGACAGCGCUGUCAGAGGUGGCAGCAAGUCCAGGGAGCAGCAGGAUCAGUCGAGCACCCCCACGGACGUGCGCGACGUCAACUUAUGAGCUCCCAUCGCCGCCUGACUCGGCCGCCGCGUGCCUGCUUACCAAUGAACUGACAGGAGCGAGACGCUGGAGGGAGAGAGGGGGCAUUAAUUGCCAGUAUCUAUUUUAAGUUGCCCCCUUCAGUGAUGGUGCGACAAUCUAUGAACUUUUAGAAACUAAGAAAUUUGUAGUUUUUCUCCUUUUUUUUCUUUUUUUGUUUUGUUUUUGCCCCAUUCACACCUGGUUUGGGUCUUUUUUCACCUUUUUUUUGUACACAUCUCUAGCUAUUUAAGAAAAGAAACGGACGAAUAAUUAUUGAAGACUUGAUAGUGCCUUAGGUUCCAAAAACCUGAAAAUAUUUUUUCAUACUUGAAAAUUGCAUAAAUAUAUGAGAUAUACCGAAUGAUGUAUAUUUAGCCAGCAUUUAUAACUCUUUAACCAGCUUUAGUGAGUAGUAGUUAUCGAUUUACAGGAGUUUUCCUUUAUUUGGAAUUCCAUAUAGCAGUAAUUAAAGCAGAGGAGUGCUACCGUAGCUAAUGGCUCCAUCUAUCAUACUGUGCACCUGUAGCACUGCUUAUUAUUUAUGCAGAGAGGUGCUGGCUCAGAGUGGGCUGGGCCUGCUCACGGAGGAGAAAUGAAACAGGUUUGAGGUCCGGAGCAGUCGCUGCUGUUGACUCCAUGGAGUGGCGUUUGAAUUCACCAAAGCCACGUUGUUGUUGUUGUUGUUGAUGUUGUGUUCAAGCACAGUUAGGAGUGUUUAAAUAGCUCAGAAGAGGCUAGCAUUGAUGAAAGAGUUUUAAAAAAAUACGUUUUUGCAAGUUCUUCAAGGUUUUAGAGGCUGAGCGGUUUGUUGGGAAGGCGAGUCGAAAGCAAGUGGAAAGUGGUUGAAAAGUGAGCAGAAUGUGGUUUGAAUGAGAAAGCAAGGAGGAUUUUUUUUAAGCUUUAUGAUGUUUCUGCAGGAUUUUUGUUUUGCAGGAAAUCGGCGAAAUGUCGUUUUUGGGGUUUUUCUCCUGUAAUCAAUUACACCAUUGGGCCUUUUGUAGAGAGGGCGACGUGGAACGAUAUCAAUGCACUUUUAAAACACACUCCUUAAGUUUCGGUAAGGGGAUGGUUUGUAAGGACAAGUUCGGAGGGGUCAUUUGUUUUUAUUCUAUCUUUUUCUUUUAAGUUAUUUGGGUUUUUUCUGGGCUGGAUUCCCAUGGGGUGAAGCAUGUUGUCUUGAAUGCUUUGCCUCAAUUGGUGAGUAGACUUAUAAAAAUCACCCUCCUAAUGUAAAAGUUUAUAAAUCAAGGCAAGCCACAGGUAGACAUCAGUGCGCUUGUGUCAUCCUAAACUUGAAUUUAUUCCAUUUCCAGAUUUAGACCCAUUCCAUUAGAUCUAAUAGUUACAUCCUUCUGUUUUGUGUUUAUUUCUUAUUUCUGAUCUGCAGUUAAGGCGCCCCUUUUACACGUGUAAAUAACCAACAAAAAUGCUUGAAAUCCAUGACAUUUUAAUCCCAAAACUGUUUGUUUGUUCUGAUGCCUUUUUCGAUGUGCAAAAAAAAAAAAAGCCAAAUUGUUUUAAAAAAAAAAAAUUGCUUUAAGGUUGAGCAUGUUUAAUGCUUUUAUAUGUUUUUUCCAAAGUAAAAAAAGAAAUAAUCUACGACAUUCUUUGCUGCUAUUAAGCUUUUUCUUUUCUAGUCUUACACAAAAAUGCCUUAUUGUCAUUCACUUGUGUGCUGCUAUAUUUUAAUAUGUUGUGUAUGUAACAAGUCUGCUUUUCUCUGUCAAUGUACCAGAGGGAAAAGGAGCAGUUUGGUGCGGGACUGGAAAUCUGUUUUGAUCAGCAUGUUUUAUUCAUUUAUUGUUUUAAUCGUUGUAAUCUUUGUUCUAUCUUCGUUCUGUCAAUAUUCUUGCUGCUUCUUAUGUACCUCAGGAUAAUUAAUUGGAUAGACACAGCGAGAGGCCAUCUCACAAAUACCUCAUCACAUGUCGCAUCACACAGAAUGACUUCACUCCUAAAUCGUCGGACGGGUUUCACUUUUUUUUUCCACCUACCAGAUUCCACUGAUUUUUUUUUUUUUUUAAGUGCCUCCAGCCUUCUUUAAAAUGGCUAAUUUUCAUAUCUGGUGCUAGUUAAAAAUAAAAAGCCUAUACUGCGUUUUAUAUUUGUCCGAAAAAAUCCAUUCGGGGAACAAGUUUGGAUCAGUUCAAUGAAAUGCAUUGUCAUUUAUUUUUAUCGAGGUACCCAUUUACUCGAUUCUACAAUUGUUUGCUGUGGUUGUUCAUACAAAUCCUUUUCCCAUUUAUCCCCAUGUGCAACCACCUGUGUACCUCAAUAAUUUGUUCUAAAUAAAUUGGCUAAAAUCA